AAUCAAUAUAAAAACACUGUCAUUAGUUUAUCAGUUUAUAAAAACACUGUCAUUAGUUUAUCAGUUUAUAAAAACACUGUCAUUAGUUUAUCAGUUUAUAAAAACACUGUCAUUAGUUUAUCAGUUUAUAAAAACACUGUCAUCAGUUUAUCAGUUUAUAAAAACACUGUCAUUAGUUUAUCAGUUUAUAAAAACACUGUCAUUAGUUUAUCAGUUUAUAAAAACACUGUCAUCAGUUUAUCAGUUUAUAAAAACACUGUCAUCAGUUUAUCAGUUUAUAAAAACACUGUCAUUAGUUUAUCAGUUUAUAAAAACACUGUCAUUAGUUUAUCAGUAUAUAAAAACACUGUCAUUAGUUUAUCAGUUUAUAAAAACACUGUCAUUAGUUUAUCAGUUUAUAAAAACACUGUCAUUAGUUUAUCAGUUUAUAAAAACACUGUCAUUAGUUUAUCAGUUUAUAAAAACACUGUCAUUAGUUUAUCAGUUUAUAAAAACACUGUCAUUAGUUUAUCAGUUUAUAAAAACACUGUCAUUAGUUUAUCAGUUUAUAAAAACACUGUCAUUAGUUUAUCAGUAUAUAAAAACACUGUCAUUAGUUUAUCAGUUUAUAAAAACACUGUCAUUAGUUUAUCAGUUUAUAAAAACACUGUCAUUAGUUUAUCAGUUUAUAAAAACACUGUCAUUAGUUUAUCAGUUUAUAAAAACACUGUCAUUAGUUUAUCAGUUUAUAAAAACACUGUCAUUAGUUUAUCAGUUUAUAAAAACACUGUCAUUAGUUUAUCAGUUUAUAAAAACACUGUCAUUAGUUUAUCAGUUUAUAAAAACACUGUCAUUAGUUUAUCAGUUUAUAAAAACACUGUCAUUAGUUUAUCAGUUUAUAAAAACACUGUCAUUAGUUUAUCAGUUUAUAAAAACACUGUCAUUAGUUUAUCAGUUUAUAAAAACACUGUCAUUAGUUUAUCAGUUUAUAAAAACAUCAUUGAAGGAAUAAACUGUUUGUUUUAUGGAGUAAGCUUACAGAAUAAAAUUAAGUUUGUUUUACUGUUCAUGUUCUAUGGUAUAUAUGUACUUUUAAUCUGA